AUGCUCAAGCCCAAGGACCUGUGCCCCCGAGCGGGUACGCGCACCUUCUUGGAAGCCAUGCAGGCGGGCAAAGUGCACUUGGCCCGCUUCGUGCUGGACGCGCUGGACCGCAGUAUCAUCGACUGCCGCGCGGAGCAGGGCCGCACGCCGCUCAUGGUGGCCGUGGGGCUGCCGGACCCCGCGCUGCGAGCGCGCUUCGUGCGGCUGCUGCUCGAGCAGGGCGCAGCCGUGAACCUGCGGGACGAGCGUGGCCGCACGGCCCUCAGCCUGGCGUGCGAGCGAGGCCACCUGGACGCCGUGCAGCUGCUGGUGCAGUUCAGCGGCGACCCGGAGGCGACCGACUCGGCGGGCAACAGCCCGGUGAUGUGGGCGGCCGCGUGUGGCCACGGGGCGGUGCUCGAGUUCCUGGUGCGCUCCUUCCGCCGCCUUGGCCUGCGCCUCGACCGCACCAACCGUGCAGGCCUCACCGCGCUGCAGCUGGCCGCCUCCCGCGGCCACGGGACCUGCGUGCAGGCCCUUACUGGGCCUUGGGGCCGUGCUGCGGCCGCCGCCGCGGCGCGGGGCUCUAACUCCGACAGCCCUCCCGGCCGCCCGGCCCCGGCGCCCAGCCCCGAGCGUCGACGACCCAGCCCCCGCCGCCUACCGCGGCCUCUGCUUGCGCGCUUUGCACGAGCGGCUGGCGGCCACGGUCACGGCCAUGGCCACGGCGGCGAGGCCGGCUCGGGCGGCAAGGGCUCGUCGGGCCGGCACCGGGCGCAGGGCUGCGAGCGGCCUGAGCUGGGUCGGAGCAUGAGCCUGGCGUUGGGUGCCGUGACGGAGGAGGAGGCGGCGCGUCUACGGGCGGGAGCCCUCUUGGCGCGUCCCAACUCGCCGCAGGCUUCGGGGACUGGGCGGUGGCGCUCCCACGAGGUGCUGGAGGGAGUGUCCCGGGCCACCGUGCAAGCCCCCGUUGGCCUCAGCCCCCACCCGGAGGGAGGCCCCGGCUCUGCCCGCCUGGGUUUGCGCCGCCGCUCCACAGCUCCCGACAUCCCGAGCUUGGUGGGGGAUGCUCUUGGGCCUGAGAGUGGCCCGGAGCUGGAGGCCAACGCACUGCCCCUCUCGGCGCCUGGGUCGAAGGUUUGGCAGGCUGGCACCGAGGCCGUGGUGCUGCACGCGCCGCGGUAA